AUGAUUCGGAAGACUCAACUGAUUGACGCGGAUCUAGCGGAAAUGAAUCCAGGAGAAAUCACUACCGUCGCAGUUGCGAUUGGCGCUGUCGCUAAGACACCAGUGGUUGCUCAACAUUACGCAAAGCUCAUGGCACAAUUAUGGCACUUCCAGUUGGUCGCUUGGCUACAUUUGCCACUCAUGCUAGAUUCAACUUCACAGCAGCGGUAUGAAUACAAUCGACAAAGCUGCCUGGACGCUUCUAGGCACAUGAUCACUAUCUAUAUCGCGAUUCGAAACUUGACGGGAGAAAGCUUCUGCUGCAAGUCCCUGGACUUUCAAGCCUUCACUGCAGCUGUGACUCUUCUCAUAAACGUGCUGAAACCUGAAAGUCGGUCGCAACCUUCCACCCACUGCUCUUCCACCGAGGAUUGGGAGGCUACUGACAAGGUUAUGAAAAUUCUGCAACGGCUGGCAACAUCCCAGCCGGACGAUGUUGCAUCUCGAAGCCUGGGUGUACUGCGGACUCUUAGGGACUUAUUAUCCGGCGAAAAGGGCUCUAAUGAAACGACAGAGGACGAAUCUACUCGCAUCAAACUCUCUAUUCCCUACUUCGGGACAAUAUUCCUGGAUCGCAAUAUCAAACAAAAAGCGCCAGAACCAGCUCCACACAGUGCGUUAGGGACCCACUCCGCAUAUCCACAACCAGGGAUCUCUCCAGCCCCCGGUUCUCUCCGCAUAGAAGACGCGAACUUUCUGUAUCCGGGAGGGAUCAGCUCAGAAGAGCAAACCUCUGGAUUAUGGUCCUUGGAUCCCAACUUGGUCACGCAGUCUUACUUCUCUGCUGAUUUUGGUGGGGAUUUAGACUGGGGAUUCUAG